AUGCCGUUCAUGCAAAAUGGCGCCGAUACCGAAGACCUCUCCUCCUUCUCGCCCGCCUCAAAACCCAAACAAUCCACGCUCACCUCCCUGCUGAGCUCCGUACAAGCAGAUCUCCUAAGCCAAGCGCACCGCAUUCCCGCCGACUUCCGUACCCUACGUGAGCUGUCGCAGACGGGGCUGAAUGGCGGGUUGAUUGAUGAUAAGAAGUACUUGACCGAGAGCAUCAUCCAAGUCCUCUCCAGCCUACCCAACAGCUCGGCCCUGCGGACAAAGAUCACGGAUACGUUCAUCAAGACGCUCUGGGAUAACCUGCAUCAUCCGCCGCUGAGCUACAUCGGCGAUGAGUUUCGGUAUCGGAGGGCCGAUGGGAGUUUCAAUAAUAUCAUGUACCCCCAUCUUGGAGCAUCGGGGAGUCACUAUGCGCGGACAGUAUCUCCAAAACAUCCGCGUCCGGCGGUUUUGCCAGACCCGGGGCUUAUAUUUGAUACACUCCUCGCCCGUCAGGAACACGCAAAGGAGCAUCCAGCCAAGAUCUCAAGCAUGUUGUUCCACUUUGCUACGAUUAUCAUCCACGACCUCUUCUGCACGGAUGAGAACGACCGCACCCGCGUCAAAAACUCCUCGUAUCUCGAUCUCGGCCCGUUGUACGGGCACAGUCAAGACGAGCAGACCCAAGUUCGGACCUUCACCGACGGCCUCCUGAAGCCUGACACCUUCUCCGAGAAGCGGCUCCUCUCGCAGCCACCGGGCGUGUGUGCGCUCAUGAUAGCAUUCAACAGAUUCCACAACUACGUCGUCACAGAACUCGCGCGGAUCAACGAGGCAGGGCGUUUCAAUCUCCCAAAUUCGGGGGAAGAGAAAAGCCCAGAUUAUGUCUGGGCCCUGCAAAAGCGAGACGAAGACCUCUUCCAAACAGGACGCCUAAUAACAUGCGCGCUGUACGUCUCCAUAAUCCUAAAUGACUACCUGCGCACAAUUCUCAAUCUCAACGACAACGCCGCCAACCCGCGGAGCGAUUGGCGGCUUGACCCGCGCAAAGCCCUAAACGUCUUUGACGGCGAGGGUCUGCCCCGCGGCGUGGGUAACCAGAUCUCGGCUGAGUUCAAUAUGAUAUACCGCUGGCACGCAACGACCAGCGUUGCAGAUGAGGAGUGGCUGAAUGAGCUGUCGAGUCAGAUCUUUGGGAGCAAGAUCGAUGUGAGUAGAUUGUCUGUUGGUCGGUAUCUGGGUGGGCUGCAUGAAUAUUUUGAGAAGGCGGCACCGGGGGAACCGUCCAGUUGGACAUUCGGGGGGCUGAAGAGGGGGAAGGAUGGGAUGUUUGCGGAUAAAGAUCUUGUGGAGGUGUUGCAGGAUGGGUGUGAGAGUGUUGCUGGAGCAUUUGGCGCCCGCAAUACACCCAAGUGCAUGAAAGCCAUUGAGAUGAUGGGCAUACAGAAAGGCAGGGAGUGGGGCCUCGCGACCUUGAACGAGCUGAGGAUGUUUUUCAAGCUGAAGCCGCAUUCGACGUUUGCGGAAGUCAACUCGGAUCCCAAAGUCGCUGAAGCAUUGGAAGCCCUCUACGGACACCCAGACAACAUCGAGCUAUACGUCGGGAUUCAAGCCGAAGAAGCCAAGAAGCCUUUUUCCCCCGGCGCCGGCCUAUGCCCAGGCUUCACAAUCUCUUUCGCAAUCCUCUCGGACGCCGUGGCUCUCGUACGCGGAGACCGUUUCUACACAGUCGACUACAGCCCCGUCAACCUAACUAAUUUCGGUUUCAACAUCGCAGAGUCAGACUUCGACGUUGCGAAUGGCGGCGUCAUGUAUAAGCUCCUCAUGCGCGCGUUUCCUGGUUGGUACACUGCAAGCAGCGUCUACGCCUUGUACCCCUUCACCACUCCAGCAAAGAACAAAGAGAUAUUCGAAAAGCUUGAGAAGUUCGGAGCUACAGGUCUGUCAGGACUUGAGUAUAAGAGGCCUGAGUUUACAAAGCCGCCUGUGGCUAUCACGAGUUGGAGGGGCGUUGUCGAGUUGUUGAAUGAGUCCAAGGGGUUACAUGUCCCGUGGGGCAAGAAUAUCUACCAUCUCACACAGCACGAUUACAUGCUCAGCGGGGACUCCGUGGCAAAUGCGGAGCAGCGCACGUUCAUGGCGGAGCGGCUGUAUAGGGUUCCUGAUGCACUGGAGCAGUUUCGGCGGUUUUACGAGGCUAUUACGGCGGAUUUGGUAAGGAAGUAUAGUAAGAGGUUGGGGGAUUCGAUGUAUCAGGUUGAUAUUGUACGGGAUGUGUGCAACCUCGCGCACGCCUACUUCUGCGCCGAGUUCUUCGCUAUCCCGUUGAAGUCCACGAACGGGCAAAACGGUAACGGCACCAAUCAGUCCAGUACAGCAGACGCAUACACGCCCCGCGAACUGUCCGAGGCCCUCUUCGCUCUAUACCGCUAUGUCUUCUUAGAUAUGGACGCUGCCCGAUCUAUCAAGAACCGGGCUGUCGCCGCGAAAGAAAGUCAGCGCUUGGGCGAGAUCAUGCGCAGGGUCGUUUCGAGUACAUCUGAAUCGGGGUGGUCUGCAUCGGAGUACUUAUUCAGCAGGCCAUCGAGGCUCUUUGGCGGGAAGGGCUCGAGUCCUUUGAUACUGAGCGGGUAUGGGCCGCAACUGGUCAAGAGGUUGAAGGAGGGGGGCAAAAGUGUUGAGGAUGUUGUUUGGAUGAUUGUUCCUACGGCGGCGGCGACGGGAGCGACGCAGGCGAUGGGUUGGGCGCAAAUGCUCGAUCUCUACCUCUCGGACCGGUAUUCGAUGCACUGGCCGGCCAUUCAGAGACUCGCUCGAUCCGAGGAGCCGGAAGCCUUUGAGAAGCUGAAGAAAUACGCUUUGGAAGGAUUCCGCCUCUCCACCCCCGCCAACGGCGUCCUACGAACCUACAACAACCGACAUUCAAAACCAACACUUCUUAAGGACGGGGCAACCACAAAAUCCAUCUCGAAAGGUGACACAGUCUUUGCAGACUUUGCAUCGGCGGGUAGAGACCCUGAGACGUUCCCGGAUCCCGAGGAAAUCAAGCUCGAUCGGCCGCUGCAGCUAUAUAUCCAUCAUGGAUGGGGCGCGCAUGCGUGCUUAGGAAGAGCGAUUGUUACCACGGCGGGAGCAGCACUGCUGAAGGUUAUGGGGAAGCUGGAUGGAUUGAGAAGUGCUGACGGCAUGCAGGGUGAGAUGGUGAGUAAGGAGCAUGAUGGGUUUCGGAUGUUUCUGGAGGAGGAUGGUAGUGAUUGGGGGGUUUUCCCGCGGACCAAGAAGGUCGUGUUUACUGGCUUGGGCGGGUUGGCUGAGAAGAAGGAAUGA